UUUAACUAAUCAAAGUCAAUAAAAUCAAUUCUCUUUUUUUUUUGGAGAUAUAUUUCGCUUCUGCUUUAGAGCAACUUUAACGUUUACAAUCCCGCUUGUUUUUUUUUUGAGCAGCAACCCCCCCCCUUGUGUUUCUAGAAAUAUAUAUAUUUAAUAAAUUUUGUUUAACUAAUUAAAUUACAUUUAAAAAAAAAAACAGAACAAUCAAAAUCAGAUAUGGAGUUUUCAGAAGUUUUUUUUGGUGAGAACCUUUUCUCUGUUUCUCUUUCCUUUCGUUACUUUUUUUUGUUUAUAAUAUUUAGAAAUUUUGUGAGAACUCUUUGUUGAAAUUGCUGUUAGAAAUGAUUUAGAUUGAGUCUGAGUCAAAAAUAAAAGAAUGUCUAAAAGCUUUGACUAGUAUUGUGUCUGAAAUUUGGAAUUAGUGCUUGGUCUUUCUAGAAUACUUGAUAAAAGCAUAUGCUAAUAUACGCUUCAAUUUCAAAUUUGGCAAUUGCUUUUAUUAUUUUAUUACAUAUAUUAAUUAGUACAAGUUUUUGUUAAAACACGCACGUUGUUAAUUUAAUAUACACUUGUUUUACACCGCCCUUCUAGACGCCUACUACUCGCACGUGAUUAGUUUACAUACAAACUAACGUCUUCUAUAGCAACUAUGCAUCAUGACUAGGAAAGCGAUCGUAAAAUAAAUUUUAAAGAGACAUUGUCGUCCGUCAACUAUAAUGGCCACAUUGUGCUUGCAUAUAUGUAUGUAUAUAUACUUGUACAAUACGUAACUGCUUGUGUUUCUUGUCAUAAUUCUCUGAUAGAAAAAAUAAAGAGAAAUAUAUGAACACAACCAAGUUUGAUGUGUCACCUUAUUUGCUCCUCGAAGCAUCUGCAGAUUCCGAUGGCGGAGGCACCGUUCAGAUCGUGGGUGCCCUGGACGGUGGCGAAUCCAUUGUUAACGAUUAUUACACGGAUGGCGAUGAUAAGUCUUGUAGUGCCAGUUUAUACGAGACGUCUUGUGUGACGGCGACGAGUCAAAGAUAUAGUUUUGAUCUAGAGGAGGAUACGGUGAAGGAAGAAAGAAUAUUCACCACCACAGAGGAAGAAGACGAGGACGAAGAAGGGGAAGUGAACAGCUAUAGAAGAUGCGGGAAAAGCCAGUUUGUUGAUUCUAGUGAGGUGGUGAUCAGUGAGAUGGACAAAAGUCGAUUGUUCUGGGAAGCUUGUCUCGCUUCUUGAUCAGUCUAUCUAUCUUGUCUCGCCAAAAAUGAGAGAGCAAAUAUCUAACACGUCGUCUAGCUUAGGCGAAAUACAUGUCUAGCAUCUUUUUGUUUUCCCUUCUUUUGUGGUUUUUGCUUGUAAUUGUGCCUGUGAAUGCCCUUAUAUCCACCCAUCAGUUAUGUACAUAGAAGAGUCAAUUCAUUCUGAUGAUGUUCUCUUACAAACCAUAUCUAGCAUCUACCUAAACGGUAAGAAAAAGGGAUGGUAAGUUGUAAUAGUAAUACAAAAGACUCCAUGAAUUAGUUUGGACUAAAAACGGCAGCAUAAUAAUCGAUUAAACCAUGAGACGGCAUGACGUUUCCUUUGUUUCAUCAAGCAGAAAAAGUGGUCCAAGCUAGUGGGGGAGGGGGAUCUAUAAUAAAUCUGGAAAGGUAUAAACAAACAAGUAGGCAGUAGUAUAAUACAAGUGACAAAGUAGUAGUGGUUUACUCACUAAGGAUGCUAUACUAAAUUGUUCACCCAAUUAAUUGAUAGUUUAGCCUCUUUUUUAAAGUUCAUAGUUUUAAUCAAAAACUAAUGUUUUCUUUUGGGUUUUACAUUAACAUCAAUAUCCAGAAAUUCAAAAAAAUAAAGAUUUUAUAGCUAACAAAGCUAAAUGGAGCAGAAGAACAAAGUGAUAUAUAGAAAAGCAUGGUGGUUUACCGGGAAAUCUAAACCAAGAAAUCGGCUAAUUCAUACAUCAACAAAGUGCCACGGUCCCGAUCAGUACAUACACUCGUACUCUGUGCUAAAACAUAUAUCAACGCAUAAUAUAUUCAAAUUUUAGACACCAACUAACAUAAUUCGGCUUUUCUAUACAUUGACCAAUUAUCUGUUAGUCAAAAAUAACGGAAUCGGAACUGUCAAUUACAUACUAAUUACAUGUCAUCAUAAAAUAUGACGUGGCUUUUUAUAUUUUAAAUAAUUAAUAAUUAAUUUUAAAAAAAAAUUCUAAAAGGAAGUGGAGGAGACUGAUCGAAAUACGGCCGGAAACAGAACGAAAGUGAUUGUCUAAUGAGGAAAGCGGAAGUGAUCAUGAUGAAUCCAUCACUGGCUCUUAAAAUAAAGAAAUCCAGUUACAAAAAUGAAUUUGUUCCAAUGUAUAUUUUUACAGUACAAAACUUUAGAAGAAAAUUUUAAAGAAUGUUAUUUUGGCUCUUAAAUAUGGAGACAAUUUUUUUUGUGUAUAUUAUCAGAAAAAUAGAAUAAUACAUUGAAACAAAAUGUUUUUUAUUAUAGAUUUUUUUUUAAUUUUUAGUGAGAAAUAUAGAAAUGGGCUAGAAAUGGUCUAAUAUGACUAGUGAAGAAAAAAAAUGUCUUCUCUUUUCAUUAUGACAUGACUACAUAAAUUGCUUACGUAUGAAAAUCGACAAAAAAGAUGAAAUGAA